UGGACAAAUGGAUAAAUGGUCAUGCUGUUUAGAUGCCAUUUAGAGGGUUUGGGAACCUAUGCAGGAAAAUUUCAAUAAGGGAGCGACACUUCUUUUGAUAGAUACGCUUCCCUUUUUCCAGUACCAACUGCUUGAUUGUGCUUCUCAUAGAUCAUGCAGUCUGAACCUGCAAAACAAGCUCCUGUAGAUUCAAAUUCCAAUUACAACGAAGACAUCUUCGAUCCUUCUCUUAAUUUGGAAGAAACCCAUGUGAAAGAGGGUUAUAAAGAUGGGUUCCAAGACGGGUUGGUCCUAGGUCAGCAAGAAGGAAGAGAGGUUGGCCUCAAAGUUGGCUUCGAGGUAGGUGAGGAGAUUGGGUUUUAUCGAGGUUGUGUUGAUGUCUGGAACUCCGCAAUUCGUGCUGAAUCCAGUUGCUUUACUCCUCAUGUUCAGAAGAACGUCAAGCAGAUGGAGGAUUUGAUUAAACUAUAUCCAAUUCUGGAUCCGGAGAACGAGAGUGUUCAAGAUACUCUGGAUUCUCUAAGGGCUAAGUUUAAGGCAGUUUCCGCCUCUUUGGCUAUGUCGUUCUCGUCGUCGUCGAUGAAAUUGGAAUACGAUGGGCUCCGGAAAUCGUCUGGGGCUAGUGAUUUGGAGUUUUGAUGUGGAUAACCUUUUCAUGCCUUCUGUGUGUGCAGCUUGUGGAUUGAGAAGGAAGAAAAAUGUUGAAGUUGAAGCUUGCUUGUUGCAAGGUAUACAUAUAUGAAAGUCAAAGGCGGCACUAGAGUCAAUUGAACGAGCUGCCAAGCUAUUCCUGGAAGUUUCUAUAAUCAAUUACAACCGUGUUGGUUACACUCGUCUCCAAAUUAGCUCCACACCUGCCAUUGGACUCUGGAUCAUUGAAAGCGUCU